CUUCCUCGCUCCAGAUCAUCGCAUCCAGCCCCUGCUGAUCAGCUCUCGAGUGUCAUCUUCUUCUGCGGCAUCCGUUAUUCAGCUGUUCGCUCAAAAUGGACGCCACCAACCUAUCUCGUGCCGUCCUGAUCGUCGCCAUCGCCUGCAUCUUCUCUUUGGCCCUCGCCGCUGACGGCGACGCAACCGUUGGGGGGAGGUCAGUGGGGAGCAGCCUCAUCCGACGAAGCCUGCAAAGUAAGCUGAGAGAGAUAGAAUGCGACACAGCAUGGCUCAUCAGUUGUGUCGUUGUCUGUGUAGGUGUCAUAACCCAGGGGCCUGAGAGGGAGGACGUCCCUCUGUCUCGUCGCGCGUUCCGCGAGCAGUUUGGUAACAGCGACUUCACCUUCGAUUUCAAUGAGGCUCAAGUAUUGACCAACGGGGAGGGUGGCGGCAUCAGAGGAGGUAAGACCGAUAAUACAGAAAACGCAUUCAGGCCCGCACACUUGUGUGUCAUCCAUGCAGCCACGCCCGUACAGUGGCCGGCACUCAGUGGUCACGGGUUCAGCCAGACCGUCACGGACAUCGCCCCCUGUUCCAUCAACACGCCCCACCUGCACCCCCGAGCAACAGAAAUGCUUUACAUCACCAAAGGACGGUGAGGAGCAGACACACGCACCAUUUCAUUCCAAAUGUCUUUUUUUCAUCGUGUCUUCUUUUGCGUGUCGGGCAUCCAUCAGGCUGAUUGUUGGCUUUGCGGAGGAGAACGGCGGCCGCAUCGUCACGAAUGACAUCAAGGAGGGCAACAGCGCCUUCUUCCCCCACACCCUCAUCCACUGGCAGUUCAACCCCACAUGCGAACCAGCCCAGUUCGUCGGCACGCUCAACAGUGAUGACGGCGGAGUGCACACCAUCGCACAGGCCCUUUUUGGCCUUCCCAAUGAUGUCCUGGCCACAGCCCUGAAUGUCGAUGAGUAUGAUGUUACGCUGCUGCAUGAUGAGCUGCCGAAUGUCCCUGCACUGGGGCUGAAGAGGGACCAGUGUAGGAGGAAGUGCGGCCUCUAGCGAGUGGGUGUGUUGGGUCUGCGUGGGGGGUGUGUUGGAGCGCACGUUGGGUAGUGCCUGUCGUGUGCCUGUCGUGUGUGGUUUUUUAAGUAGGUUGCCGGUGCCAGUGCUGUGUGCUGCUGUUGGCGUGUUUGCCGUGAAGGUUGAGUAGGUAGCUUUGAGUCUUGUUGAUUCUUUGUCUUUGUGAAACCGAAUGCACACCACUGCUUUCUCCACUGCCCGUAGCGAGCUGGGGUGCAGUGCACCGCACCCACCAAUGACAUUGAUUGAUACGAUACACAUCUGAACAAUAAAUAUGUCCUCCCAAGUGUGUCUGUCUGUGCUGCAUGCCAUGCGUACAUGACAUACAUGGUGUGGACAGUCAAUGUCAUGGAGAUGAUGCCCCGCACGCACUCAACCCUUGAC